CUACGUCCACGAUGACGGGCUACAUACGAGCGGCAUUAUCGCCGCUUCUUGUUAUCAGUUACGUGUUCGGUACAAGGAUUGUCGAAUUUCCCGCGGGUAAACCAAGACUGUGGUUCAGUUUUUUAUACAUAUUUCUAUCCUGGUCGGUUUAUCAUAUUCUACUGAUAUAUACCGCAAUACAUUACGUAAACGACCAUCCUUUCACAUACCAUAUUGCUUUUCAUCUCAACAUAUUUAUUGCAUUCUUGUCAGUAGUUCUUGGAAUAUAUUACGACAAGAAAUACAGAAACUGUUUGAGAAAACUCGCCAUCAUUGACGAUACGCUAGAGAAGCUCGGAACAGCGACAGAUUACCAGAAAGUAUACAUGACGGUAUUGUCGGUCAUCUUUGGAUGGAUCGCGUUUGCCAUAUCCGUAACUUACGUCAAGAGCUUCUGGUUGAGAGAUCGUUGCGACGCUCUGAAAGCCAUGUACGUUUCUUUCCUGCUGGAAUAUGUCUCUUACAUCAAUCUCAUCGGCGAUUUGAUUAUCGCCAGUACUCUUCGAUACAUAGAACUGAAAUUUGAUCAAGUUAAUGAGUACCUGCGAAAAUCGGAGGAAGUCGACGAGUAUGAAACAAAACGCACAUGGGAACAUUUCAUGUUGCAUUCGCGCCCAGUCGGGUACCCGAAAUCUUCACGCAGCAAAUAUACCACGUGGAUCGUAAUACAUCUUCAUUUAGAAUUACGAAAAAUAUGUCGUGAGGUGAACUCUAUAUUCGAGCUGCAAAUGACACUAAAAAUGGGCUGUUAUUUCGCUUUUAUAUCGAGAAAUAUUAGUGAGAUCUUCAAAGCGAUAUUCAACGAUACUUACAUCAGCGAUACUUAUCUCAACAAAAACAACGAUAGUUACAUUAACAAAAACAAACUCUUUUUUCUCUUGAUUGCAAUCUCACUUGCUAUAUACCUUUUCAGACUCUUUCUCAUUAAUUAUAUGUGCGAAAGAGUCAGCGUUAAGGUAUCGUUUACACAUUCAUAUUUGACGUACUUUGUGUUCGCUUUCACGCGCGUCCGCGAUUGUUUGACUAUUAAAUUAUAUUAUAUUUACAUUCCAUUGUAUAUACAAAUUCGCUGCGCUGAAACCCGGUCUUGUUUGGCACAUUUCAAUUACAGGCAAAUGCAACGGGAGAUGUUAUAAAUAUAAUUUCAUAUUCCUCGUGCGACGUUGUCACUCGCGAAAACAUUUCGCAACUUUUACUGCAACUGACUCGAACUCCGCUCAAAUUCUACGGGCUAAGACUUUUUCAGUUUGGCUUGAGAUUCCUUCACAGGUUUACCGGCUCCAUUGCAACCGUUAUAGUUAUAUUAAUUCAGUCACACACAAGCGUAAAAUGCUGCAACGCGUCGAAUUAAUAUUUUCCAUUGUACUGUCUAUUACGCAGUGGUUUAUUCAUUAACUGAGAAGCAGCGUUUUCGCGCAUUUUGCUCGCUGUUCGAUUAUUCUCUCGAGAGACAUCAUUGCAUAACUGUCGGAGUGUGAAAAUAAAGAGCAUAAGAAAACGUAAUAUCGCGAGAUCCCUACAUGUUUUUUUCUCAUACAGAAAAAAAAUAAUUAAUUCAUUAGUAAUUCUAUGCCGAUAGUUAUGCAAAAUUCAGCGGAUCGAUCGUUUCAAUACGCGUAAGUGCAGCAAUUGCGAAUUACGGAAAUGCGCUAUCAUUGUCGUACAGCCUAGCUGUCAACGGGAAAAUUGAGUUACAAUAGUGGCGCCGUCACCAGCAUGGCGACAAACAUUCAUGCAGUUUUGUCGACGGUUCUGAUCGUCAGCUACGUGUGCGGUUUGAGGAUUGCUGAGUUUCCAGUGAGGCAUUCAGUAAGAUGGCUCAGUCUUUCGUACAUCUU